AUGGGACCAUCUUGUCAUUGUGGUAGGACAUUUUAUCACAAACAGGCCAAUUUAGGUUUCUUAAGUAGACAUUACAUGGAAUUUCUUAAGCUGAACAAGAGCAUGACAAUUGCACAGUUCAAGGAAAAAGUUCACCUUGAACUCAAUGUCAACAUCACUAAGCACCAGGCAAGCAAGACUUUCAUGAGGGCUAAGUUGUUGAUUCAUGGUAGUUACAAAAACCAAUACAGAAAGCUAUGGGACUAUUGUGAAGAACUGCUUACAUGUAAUCUUGGGAAAACAGUGCAUAUGGAGACCUCUAAUGACGAAAUUAGUGGUAAGGAGAGAUUUCUAAGAUUGUAUAUAUGCUUUGAAGCAUUGAAAAGAGGGUUCAAAAUUGGUUGUAGACAUGUGAUUGGGGUGGAUGGUUGUCACUUGAGGGGUCCACACCCCGAAAUAUUGUUAAUAGCAGUUGGUAUUCAUGCAAGUGACUACAUCUAUCCUAUUGCUUAUGCCGUGGGUUUAGGAUCUGCUAUUGAAGAAGUGAUUCCAAGAGUAAAGCAUAGACAUUGUGUACGACACCUACACAACAACAAGAAGAAGUUGCACCCCAGACAAUCAAUAAAGAAUAGAUUUUGGGCGUGUGCACGAAAGUGGGAACUCACAGGCUUGCCUUGUUCUCAUGCUAUUGCAUGCAUUUCACUUGCAUAUGGCAAACCAGAGGACUAUAUGAACAAGUGUUAUUCAAGGAAGGCGUACUUGGCUGGAUAUGAACAUGCUAUUGCUCCAAUAAGUGGUCCAAAUGCGUGGGAAGCCUUGACCAAGGAACCUGUACUGCCACCUAAGAAAAUGAGACUUCUUGGAAGGCCUAAGAAAGCAAGGAGGAGAGAACCCGAUGAACCUCGAAAAGGCAGUAAUGAGUUAUAA